UGUGUUUGUCUUGAUUUUUUGAGUCACCGUUUUGCCUUGUUUACAUUUAAUGUAAUUUCUACGAGAUUAAUAUAAAUUAAUUUUAUUUUCAACUCAAGUGGCAUGAUGUGCGUUUGUUGCUCACCAAGUUCAACAUUCGCUUAAGCUGUUAUAGUUUUAGAGUAAUUUCCUGAUAAGACAACAAUUAACAUACUAAAAUGACGGAACGUCGUGGCACACAGGGCACAAAGGCCCUGGAAUACUGGUGUCGAGUUAUCACCCAAGGAUAUAAUGGAGUUAAGAUCGACAAUAUGACCACUUCGUGGCGAAACGGGCUCGCCUUCUGCGCAAUAAUACAUCACUUUCGACCGGAUCUCAUAGAUUUCGAUCAAUUGAAACCUGAUGAUAUCUAUGAGAACAACGACUUGGCCUUUACUACGGCUGAGAAAUACUUGGGUAUUCCCGCCUUACUGGAUGCAGCUGAUAUGGUUUCCUACGAAGUCCCCGACCGACUAUCCAUACUAACUUAUUUGUCCCAGUUUUACAAGGUCCUCGGCAAGAGCCUCAAAGUUCCGAAGCCGGAAGAACCGUUUCCCGACGAAAGUGAGCCGCCACAAAAGAUGAUGCAUAUUGUGGGAAUGCCACGGCGUGAUAAGUGCCAGAAAUGCGAGCUUCCGGUUUUUCUGGCUGAACGAGUCCUUGUCGGAAAGCGAGCUUAUCAUCGCACUUGUCUGAAAUGUGCACGAUGUGGGUCAUUACUCACACCAGGCAGUUUUUAUGAAACCGAGGUCAAUAAUACAUAUUGUUGCGAGACUUGCCCCGAUGAGGAAAGUGAAACCGAAACAGAUAUUGCAGAACUAAAGACACCUAGGAUUGAUCCUGCUAUUGGCAUUAAACUUGUGGCAGAAAGUCCUGACCAUCUCAACGAUCAGAAAAACAAUGAAGACCUGGAAGACAAUAAUAAUGAAGCCUCCAUAAGUACAACUGAAAAGCCAUUAAUCAGUGAAACGCCGUCCGUCGUAGAUAAGCAAAAUGAAGUGGAAGUGAAAGUUGUUGAAGUGGAAAGAACCAUAAGUACUGAACAAAAUGAAGAUGAGAAACCAAUAAGAUCAACGCAAAGCGAAGAUGAUGAUCUAAUGAGUUCUGAACAGAAGGAAGUUGAUAGUCCAAUAAGUACUGAACAAAAUAAAGAUCUAACUAAUGAUCCUGUAAAGCCCGAUGUACAAAAGAAACCCAAUAUUCCUUCACUUCCACUAGAUGAAGAAGAUGGCGCUCAUCUUGAAGAAGUAACCACUUUAGAGAAAUUAGAUGAACCAGAAGUUACAAGCUCAACGUCAGAAUUACUUAUUCCAGAAUUACCGAAAACACCAAUUCCAGAAAUCAACACUCAAGAAGAUAAUAAAACUGAACAUAAUAUAAAGUGUAAUACUGAAAAUGAAAUUUUCUCAAAAACAGAAAGCUGCUCUAAGCAGGAAGAUGAUAUCGUAAAACAAAAAGAUCUCGAGUCUCCCAAGGAGACAAUUGAGACGAAAGUAGCUGAAACUCACUACCCAGAGGAUUUAAAUCCUUUUAAAGAUGAUGAUGAAGAUUCAAGUAAGGGUGCUAAUCCUUUCGACAGCUCCGACGAUGAAGUUGAGCUUCUAAAAAACAUUCCAAAAAGAGAUAAAGUCGUACCGCCCCGUCCACCUCCACCCAAAAUAGGCCAAGCCAUAUCUAAACCAUUAGAGGAUCAACAUUCCAGCCCUACACCUUCUCAAGGGAAAAAAUUACCGAUGCCCACACCUAGAAUUUCUAUAUCAAAACCGCUGACUCCAGCAAAAUCGAUGACUCAUCCGGACCAGAAAAACAAUUUCAAUAUUUCCUCUUCAUCAUCGGAGCACUUACACAGCUCGAGAUCUUUCGAUCGCGGUGCAGAUGACCGUGGCUCAAGUAUCUCUCUGCCAUCUAGUAACGCGCCACGAAAGCCACUACGUGCCUCAGGAGCGACUCCGUUGAAAAGCGAGGACUCGAGUCCAACCACCAGUCUUAGUUCCAUUACAUCACCUAUGCGGAAGAAGCGCCAAGCGCCUCUGCCGCCGAAACAAGUUGACAUUGAGAGUGAGCCAGGAUUUUCGAAAUUAUCUGAUGAACAAAAGGCUCUGUUGCACAAUCAGCACAAGAGCCAAAACCAGAGUGAUUCCACCCGAAGAUUAAUACCACUUGACCAGAGCUUGCUCUUUGAUGAAACAACCGAAUCAUCGAGUAACUACGAAGACAGCUUAAACACUUCGAAUGCAGAUGAAGAGGUGAACAUAGUAUAUCGCCGCAUUUUGGUUCCACCCACUCAGCCCGAAAACAAAGAGGAUCAAAAGACCCCCAUCGUUUAUAACGACUUUGAUAGAAACGUUAGCCCGUUGGGUUACAAUAAAUCAACGCAUGGCAAGUGGAAGCGGAGGAAAGGUCCAGCACCGGCGGUUCCUAUACCACCGCGAAAAGUCUUACAACGGCUUCCGCUGCAAGAGAUUCGACAUGAGUUUGAAAUUAUUGCCGUACAACAGCUGGGGCUCGAGAAACAAGGAGUUAUCCUGGAGAAAAUGAUAAGAGAUCGAUGUGAGCGCUCCUUGGACGCAAUGGAAAACACAAACGAUGUCACUGGUGCAUCAACAAACGAUGGUUCCGAGUCAGCAGACUCUCAGAUGCAAAACUCCAAGGAAGUAGAGGAUCUUAUAUUGCAACUUUUCGAGUUGGUGAACGAGAAAAACGAAUUGUUCCGAAGACAAGCUGAGUUAAUGUACCUUCGACGGCAACACCGUUUGGAACAGGAACAGGCUGACAUUGAGCACGAAAUUCGAGUAUUAAUGGGUCAACCGGAGCACAACAAAACCGACACGGAUAAAGCCCAUGAAGAAGUAUUAAUCAAUCGCCUGGUCAAGGUUGUUGAGAUGCGCAACGAAGUAAUAGACAGUCUAGAGACUGACAGAGUUCGCGAGGCGCGAGAAGACAUGAGCAUUAAGAACCGACUACAUAUUUACAAUUCUGAGCGCGAAACUGAACCAGAAGUUUUGAAAAGCGCCGAUAAGUCAUCCAAAAAGCUGUCAAAGAAGGAGCGAAAAAAACUGAAGGAAGAAAAUAAAUUAGGCAAAGGGAAAAAAUCUGACCUCGAUAAGGAUGUCGACGAGUCGGAGCCAACACCACCAGCUUUGGAAAAGGCAAAAAAGAAGCGAAACUUGUUUUUUUUAAAGAUGUAAAGAAGUAGGGAACCGUUUUGUAUGUGUCGAACAAUUAUCUUUUAUUUUGUGUAAAUUUAUAACUUAUUAAGUUUUUCUAUUGCCAUAGAUGAGCGUUUCAAUAAAUAAAACAGAAAUUUA